AUGGCCAUGUCUUCCUUGCAGCAAGCGGACAUCGUGUUUCUGGCCAGCUUACAUAGCUUCUGUGGAGGUACUCUUCCGCUCACCAUCUGUCGGAGUGAUAAGAAUGGGAACUCAGGGAAGCCAAUGGUCAGGCAUCCAUCCUGUUCCUUCUUCCACUGGUUUCCUCAGAUUCUAUCGCAUCCAGAUAUCAUGGCUCUCAUCCCAGGAGGUUCUCCGACUCUUGGCGCAGCCUCUGCAGCUCCUUUCCCUUCAACACAGCCUCUAGCCUUGGGUUCUCAGCUACAACCCAACAGCAAGAAGUUACGCAACGCAGACAACCAGCACCCUCAGGCUGAUAUGCAGCAGGAGUGGGAUUGGGGAUUUGAUCAGGAGAGUUUUGCUGACUUGGAGACCAACUGGCACGAUUCGUCACUCGACACUGGAGUUGAGAUGAAUGAUGGGUUGAGGGCGCUUCAACAUGCACUUCAGUCUGCUGGCACUGAACAGCCUAUGUUCCCAUCAUUCCAUUACAUCUUGACAGCUCCUGCGCAACCACCUGCACCAUCACAGCAGUCUGGUUUACCCUCACUGUCGCAACCCCCUCAUCUGCCCCCACUGUCACAACCCCUUUGUCUGCCCCCACUGUCACAACCCCCUCGUCUGCCCCCACUGUCACAACCCCCUCAUCUUCCGAUGCUCUCUCAGAACGACAAUGCCUCUGCCAUGCACGCCUUCCCGGUUCAUAAGGUAUCAAAGGCCCCCCACAUAACGGAUCAACUUGAUCUGCUAUGGGCAGGUGAUCUAAAUACACGCGCACGAGAGGAGAUUGAGAGUAAGAGGGUGGCAGAUCGUCGCAAGGAGAUGGAACAGGCAGCUAAACAGCACUUUGUCUUGUACUGGUUUGAUGCUGACGAUACGCCAGUGUUGAUGCAGUGGGUUGUGCACUGCCCAUACUUCCUGCAAUACCAGCUCUCAGACGAUCCCACCCUCAUCGCAUCCCUUGGCACCGACAUCCAGAAGAUUGAUAUUUUUGAGGAAAGCUUUAUGCGGUGGAUUCUAUCAGCACUCACCCACCCCUUCACUCUUGACUCAGGAUGUCAUGUUUUCAUCCGAUGCCACAGCAUCACUGACUGCAACGACUUUGACGACCUAUUCAAGUCUUCCAAGCUGUUGGCUCGCCCCUCCCACAUGUGCUUCAACAUGAAAGGCAAGCAUGAUAGUUUGCGCAAGAUGAAAAAGCAGCGACAAGCAUCUGCUACUGCUUCCUCAUCAGACAUUGAGAUCAUUGACGACACACAGCUCACACCAAAACCCUCCUUGGGAAAGCGCCACUGGGUGUUACGAACUAGGAUGAUUCUGACCGUCGUCUCAUCCUCAUCCAUUGAGUCUAUGCCCAUUCGUCGGCAAUCAGCACCACCUUCAAAAACCCUCCAUUUGGCUCAGGCUGCUCCAUGCAUCAUUCCCAUGCAUAUACUGAUAUAUGAUCUGGCCAAGCCACAGCGAAGGUGGCCACAUGGGAUGUACACAAUUGAUAUGGCCAUUGGCUUUCAGCAGAUGGUCAUCACAAAGCUUUGUGGUUUCUAUGGUCAGGAGCAGCUCUUUCAUCUAAUCUUUGGUGAUACCCCAUUUGUCAAGACCACAUAUCAUGAUAAUCACAAGGCAUGGCGCGAGACGGAACUGACCAUCCUUGAGACACACAAGCAAGCCAGACGCACUGAAGAUGGCCUCUGGGCAAACUACCUUGCAGCACGGUGCACUGCCUUGGGUCUGGGCAGCAAGAAGCAUAGUGGGCGGAAGUAA